CGCCGUCUGUCUGGCGGCCUCCACGGCUCGGCACCGGCGCAUUAUGCAGAGCAGCCUGAGAACCCUCGCCGCCGGCAGGCGGGUGGGGCGGGCGUUGGCCUCCGCGCCGUUGGCCGGCGCGGUGAUAGCACCGGUCGUCGCUCGGCGCGGGCCGUCCGCGCUAAUUGCCCUGCGAGCGUGCUCGUCUCAGAGUGCCGCCUCGGCACACCCGCAAGUGAUUGAGGUGGAGCCGCCCGCGGACGCAGCAGCAAGCGAUGAGAAGCCAGAGGAGACGGAGGAGGACCGGGCGCUCCGUCCGCGCGAGAUCGUCGCCUAUCUCGACCGCUACAUUGUGGGCCAGGAUGACGCCAAGCGCGCCGUCGCCGUGGCGCUUCGGAACCGGUGGAGGCGGCAGCGGGUCGACUCGCCGCUGCGGGAGGAGAUCAUGCCGAAGAACAUCCUGAUGAUCGGGCCGACGGGGGUGGGGAAGACGGAGGUUGCACGGCGCCUCGCCAAGCUGGCGAACGCCCCCUUCAUCAAGGUUGAGGCGACCAAGUUCACCGAGGUUGGCUUCGUGGGGAAGGACGUCGACCAAAUCAUGCGCGACCUGAUGGAGGCGGGCAUGGCGAUGGCGAAGGUGAAGGCGGUGGAGAAGAUCAAGGACAAGGUGGCCGCCAAGGUGGAGGAGCGCGUCCUCGACUGCCUCGUCGGCGCGACCAACAUCCAGCACAACCGCGAGGCGUUCCGCAAGCUGCUGCGGAUGGGGCACCUCGACGACCGGCUCAUCGAGGUGGAGGUGCCCGAGCGCAAGCCGAGCGGGCAGGGCGACCCUGCGAACGGGAACGGCUUUCCGAUGAACGAGAUCAUCCUGAGGUUCGACAAGAUGAUGCACGGCCGCCAAAAGAUGGAGAAGCGGGAGAUGUCGCUCAAGGAGGCGGUGCCGAUCCUGACGGAGCUCGAGUCGGAGAAGCUCAUCUCGGAGGACGACAUCAAGCGGCAGGCGCUCUGGAGCGUGGAGCAGGAGGGGAUCGUCUUCAUCGACGAGAUCGACAAGAUCUGCUCGCGCGGCGACUACCGCGGCUCGGCCGACGCCUCCUCGGAGGGCGUGCAGCGCGACUUGCUGCCGCUGCUAGAGGGCUCGACAGUCACCACAAAGCACGGCAACGUCAACACGGACCACAUCCUCUUCAUCGCCUCGGGCGCCUUCCACUUUUGCAAGCCGUCCGACCUGCUGGCCGAGCUGCAGGGCCGCCUCCCGAUCCGCGUCGAGCUCAAGCCGCUCACCGAGAAGGACAUGUACACCAUCCUCACCGAGCCGGAGCCCAACCUCAUCAAGCAGCAGUGCGCCCUCAUGUUUACCGAGGGCGUGCAGCUCGAGUUCACGGACGAGGCCAAGUGGCGGAUGGCCAAGCUCGCCACGCAGAUCAACCGCGACGUCGAGAACAUCGGCGCGCGCCGGCUGCACACCAUCAUCGAGCGGCUGAUGGAGGACCUUUCCUUCUCGGCCACGGACCGCGCGGGCGACAAGGUCGUCAUCGACGCAGACAUGGUCCAGGAGCGGGUCGGAGAGCUGGCCAAAAAGUCGGACCUCUCGCGGUUCAUCUUGUAAGCGCCAGAGCAGCGUAGCCGGCGGCGCCUCCUCGCCGUGCUGCCGUCCUCUCUCCCAGAUCCCUUGGGGUACCUGGCACCGGCGCUCGGAGCGCUAGCCGCGGCAGCCGUGGCAGCAGCAGCACACUCCAUUAGCGUGUCUUGGAGUGAUGGGGGGGGUGCGUACUUUGCGGGUUGGCCGUUCGCGUUCGUCGCGGGGCGGCGGUGACACGCACCUCGGACUACUGUGCGAGGUGCGCCAGUGCUCUGAUGUCUGAACUAUACUGGAGAGUUGUACAGUGGGUGUUGCCAUUUUGCUAAUGUUCC